AUGAGGGAAGGAAGCCAGACGAGGGGAAAGUUGGACUCGUCCUCAAAUCCCGAGAAGCGUGAGACCGCCCCGAUUGACUCGGUGGUCGGUGAUAGGAAGGGUCUUACACCCGACGAACUGUUGAAGGAGAUGUAUACUGACAAGGGUCUCCUCACUCGUCCUGCCAAGGCAUCACUGGUGCCUCUGGGUCAUGCGUUCGUAAAAUUUAACCCCCCGAAGGUGAUGGGGCCAGAGAUUCAAGUCCAAGAUGACCCCCAGAUCGCCGACUGCAUGGUGCAGGCCAUGGCCGAGAGAGUUGGGGAGCUUGAGAAGGCGAAGGCGGAGAUAGAGCGGCUGAAGGAGGAAAGUUCGAACUGGAAGAAACAAGCUCAUUCAGUGAAGAAGAAGCUAGGCGACCAGUUGAAGGCCUACAAUGAAGCAUUGGCCAAAGUCAAGGAGACAGUGACAGCCAAGCUAAAAGAAUUGGCGAGGGCUCAGUUAGAAGAGUCGAUGUUCCUGAAGUCGGACCUCCACCAAUAUAUCCUAGCCGCAUUGAGGGUUUAUCUCGAUUCGCAGGCAUUUGCUAGAGGGGUCGACCAGAUCAUGACUCCGGUCAUUGAGAUGAGAAUGAGGGACCAUGCAAAGAUGAUCGGAGAUGUCCUGCACGUAAGGGGGAAAAUUGUGCCCUCGUGGACAAGUAUUCAGACGAAGCCAUGGAUGGGGCGACCUCAUAGAUCCGCCUUUGUCGUAAGGCCAGGAAAUUCUUCAGGGACGUGGAUUUAG